AUGCCUCGUCUCGUCAACCGCUCCCGGGUGGCCGCCACUCCGUCGGCCUCGUCGGUCGCCGAGAUGCCCUCGUAUCAGCCUCCUGCCUGCCCGCUGAACGAUGGCGCCCGCCGUGCCCUCGGCGAUCUGUCGUCGAACCGCGGCACCGCGCCGUACGAGAUGCAGCUCAAGGACUCGACCCGCCACCUCGGUCUCGCCGUCGGCGACCUCCAAGAGCGCCUCUACGCCCGCCGGCAGAGGCUCGAAGGCCUGCAGGACAAGCGGAGCGAGACGGGCGCGGACAAGACGGCCGAGGAGGUCCGGCUCGAGCACCACAUGCAGGACUUUGAGCCCCAGGUCGACGCCCUCACGCGCGAGUCGGAGGCGGCGGUGCGAAGCCUCAUAGACAUGAAGGCCGAGCUCGACGACGAGGCUGCCCUGCUCGGUGACCUGUACACGACGGCGGCGACGACUCAUAACACGAACGUCGCCGCCGCCGCCCAGCGCCUCGCCCGAGAGGCUGAAGACGGGAACGAGGCCGAGGAGGAAAAGGAGACGGUGGUGCCGAGCACCGUCGACUCCUUCCGCGAGCUCCGAGGCGAGAAGCACGAACAGUACGCCGCUCUCGGCCACCACCAGCGCUACGGUCGGAACAACGACUACGUCGGCUUCAAGAAAAUAUGGCACGAUGCCGCCGCCGGCGAGGACGGGCCGCCGCUCGCCGACGCCUCCAAGUGGUUCCGCCCCAACGGCGAACCGGUCCUCGAUCGACCCGGCGCGAGCAACCGGCGGAGCACGAUGGGUGCUGCCGACGAAGAAGAGGACGAUGACGACAUCGCCGUGGCCCGUGAAGUCCUGAGCCUCAACUGCCCGCUCACCCUGCGGCCGAUGGAAGAGCCGUACAGCAACGUCAAGUGCAAGCACACGUUUGAGAAGAGCGCCGUGCUGGGCUACCUCCAGCAAGGCGGCGGGCAGGUGCAGUGCCCCCAGACGGGAUGCUCCGAGACAUUUUCCAAAGCAAGGUUCAACGACGACUUUUAUCUCGAUCAAGCCAUGCUGCGGAAGAUCCAGCGGGCCAAGCAGACGCAACGCAACAACGAGCUGAACGAGGACGAGAUGGAGGAGGACCCGGUCGACGGCGAUGAGUCGGUGCUCAUGCAGACGCAGAGACCUGCCGGUUGUCGGGCUCCCAAACAAGAGCGGGCAUAG